AAAAAUUCUUUUAGGUCGAAACUUUCAUCAUUUUGGGCAUUGAUGCUGUUGAAAUCUUAAUCGCGUGUUGCAUAAAACAAAAUGUUAGAAUUAGAGAAAAAAGCUUUCCUCACGCCGUAGCGACUCUGUUGCACUUAUAUUUAUAAAGGUAUAAAAUUAUUAGCAAGACUUGGGUUAUAUAAACAUACAAGAUGGCGAUGAUUGCUACUGAUAUUAAGAGUAUGUUGUCUAUAACAAUAAAGUCACGACAUGAUAGUUAUACAGAUCAAUAUAACAGAAUUUUCAUGGUCAAAAUAUUGCUUGUUAGUUGCCUUAUCAUGGGGAUCAGUUGGUUUCAGGACUCCAUAACUUGUAUCGUGCCAGGAACAAGCUCUAUUGAGGCUGGAUUUGUUUCUGCAGCAUGUUGGAUACAAGGGGUAUAUGUUUAUAAAGAACUUCAGAGUCGUGUCACUGAAGUAGCAUAUUUUGGCAUUCCAAAGGAUAUGGAUGCUGAUGGAAUGUUAAGUACAGGAGAACUUUGUAGUACACUUUCAAAAUUUAAUAAGCAAAAUAAAGAAUGCUUACCAAUGCAUAAAACAUUUUUUUUGCAGUACCAAUGGAUGCCAUUUUUGAUUGCUUCUUUGGCAAUUUUGUAUUAUAUUCCUUAUAUUGCUUUUCGAUCUGCAAACACUGAUAUGAUUAGUUUAAGAAGUUCCAUAAAAGCAGCAGAUAUUGAUGCUGAAAAAAUUGCUAAGCAUUACUUUAAUAUUCGCAUGAACUCUCGUAGAACAAUGACAUUGAGGGUAGUUUUUAACAUUCUCAUUAAAGUUUUGUACAUAGUGGUUAAUUUGGUGGCUUUUCUGGGACUUGAUAACUUAUUAAACGGUGAAUACGUUGGAUAUGGUAGCAAGUGGUUAAAGUGGUCACAGCUUGAAAAUUCUGUUGCUUAUGAUUACAUGGGAAUGCGUGACCAUCCUAAACCAGGUAAUGUUCUUCUUCCACCAUUUGGGUAUUGUGAGAUGUAUGAGUCAUCCAAAGACAUAAAACAUAGCUCUGCAAAUAAACAUAAGUUUUUAUGUGAAUUGUCGCAAAAUAUUCUUUACCAAUAUUGUCUUGUUGUCUUAUGGUUUGCUAUUGUGUUAGGAAUUAUUUUUUCAGUGUUGGGUUUGUUGUUUAUACUUACCCACUAUGCGUUUGGUCUUUUUGGUGUCAAAACACGUGGUCCAACUGGCAACAAGCUUUUUAAAGCGCUUUCUUUCAGAGAGCUGGAGUAUUUGGAAUUCCUAAGGAAAAAAAACAUCAUUUUGUAUGGAGAAGUACUAGAAAAGUUGAAAGACAACAUUAUUGGACCGAAUGCUCCAUCUUUAGAUGAUGAAUAUUCUCGACGACCUAAUGAUACCUUACCAUUAUACCCUUCUUUACCGCCUAAAUCAGAUUUGUAUGACGAAAAAGGUGUACGAUAUUAAUUUAGUAACUUGAUAUUCUACAGAAGGUAAAAUUGACAUUUUUAAAGAACUUUUAGUGAGAAUUUAUAUGGGUUUGAGGUCUGGGUUUUUAUCCUCCUUUUGAGAAUUUAUUUGACCAUUUGUAGUUCUUUUUUUUUGAAAUUUUUGUUGCUGCAUGAA